GCAGCAGUCGGGUUUCUCGUCGGGAGAUCAGGUUUAAAACGUACCCGCUGCCUCGCGCUCCUCUCUCCGUCCUCCUGUCCCUGCCUCGGCGCUCUCCUCCUGCCCAUCGCUGCCCUUUUCUUUCCUCCACACAUCCUUACUUUGAGUGGAAGUUUCCCCAGGCAGAGCUGGUCCACCGUCCGCGGUGCGCCCGGAGAGUCGGAGGCAUGAAGCGACGUUAGGAACGAGUGACCGAGGAAGGAAGAGAGAAAGAGGAUUGCAGGGCGAAGGGAAUAAAACAGUCUGAGUGAGAAGGAACCAGGAACGACGUUCAAGGGAGCCUGGGUGCAACAGUGGAACCUCCUCCUUGAGAGAGCUUUUCUCCUCUGGAUGUUAUGGCUGAAAUGCUGAAUCCGGCAGGCCUGCUGACUAUGCCCCGGAGCCCCACCUCCAGUGAGGAUGAGAUGGCCCAGAGCUUUUCCGACUACUCCGACGACUGUGCCUCCGACAGCUCCCGUGAAGAGACCAUUUAUGAGACCAUAAGGGCCACGGCCGAGCCAUCGCAGAACCGCAUGGACGACAUUCACACAAACUCGCUGGUCAUCCGUGUUCUCAUUCCUGACCUGCAGCAGACGAAAUGCAUGCGGUUCAACCCGGAUGCAACUGUCUGGGUUGCCAAGCAGCGGAUCCUGUGUACACUUAAUCAGAGCCUGAAAGAUGUGCUCAACUAUGGGCUUUUCCAGCCAGCCAGCAAUGGGAGGGAUGGCAAGUUCCUGGAUGAAGAGCGCAUCUUUCGCGAGUACCCCCAGCCAAUCAGCAAGGGGGUCCCGUCUUUGGAGUUCCGCUACAAGAGCAGAGUCUACAGGCAGCCCAAUGUGGAUGAGAAACAGAUUGCCAAGCUUCAUACAAAGGCCAAUCUGAGGAAGUUCAUGGAUCUCAUCCAGCAUAAUCAGGUGGACAAAGUGUCUAAGAUGUUGGAGAGGGGCUUCGAUCCCAACUACCAUGACAGUGAGACCGGUGAGAGCCCACUGACUUUUGCAGCGCACCUGGACAAUGCAGUAGAGUUGAUCAAGGUGCUGAGGAAUGGAGGAGCUCACCUGGACUUCAGAGCCAAAGACGGCAUGACUGCUCUCCACAAAGCUGCACGCUCCAAAAACAACAUCACACUCACGACACUACUGGAGUUGGGAGCUUCACCAGACUACAAGGACAGCCGUGGUCUGACUCCUCUGUAUCACAGCGUGGUCGUGGGAGGAGACCCGGGCUGCUGCGAGCUCCUGCUGAACCACCAUGCCUCAGUCUGCUGCCAGGACGAGAAUGGCUGGCAUGAAGUUCAUCAGGCUUGUCGUCAUGGCCAUGUGCAGCACCUGGAGCACCUGCUGUUCUAUGGAGCAGACAUGAGCGCUCAGAAUGCCUCUGGAAACACUGCUCUACACAUCUGUGCCCUAUACAACCAGGAUAACUGUGCCAGAGUGCUGCUUGUUCGUGGAGCCGACAAAGAAGUGAAGAACUACAACAGCCAGAGUCCAUUUCAGGUUGCCAUUAUUGCUGGGAACUUUGAGCUUGCUGAACUCAUCAAGAACCACAAAGAGACAGAUAUAGUGCCUUUCCGCGAGGCUCCAGCCUACUCCAAACGCCGCCGGGGUCCGUCUUCUGGUAACGGCAACGGAAACGACCAGUCCCCCUCCUCGUUAUCAGCGCCACGGGUCCUGCUGCGCUCCAACAGCGACAACAACCUAACAGUCAGUCAGUACCAGCAGCAGCAGCACGGUUCUCCUGGCAACUGGGCCCCCCAUCUGCAGCAACACGCCCAGCCCCACCCACACAGGGCCCCCCAGCAGGGUCACUCGCAGCCUGGCUCCUCAGCAUUACAUCGCAGCCUGUCACCCCAGCUGCUCCAGCAGAUGCCCAGCGGCAGCCCCAAUGGCAAUGUGGUGGUCCGGACCAUGGGGAGGGGGGCAAGGAGCCGGUCACCCUCCCUCAGCCGGCUGGGGGAGGAGGCCCGACGGGCUUUGCCCUCACAGCGCCAGCCAAGUCCUAGCAGUCAUGGCGAGGCAGUAGGCACCAGAAGGAAGCUGUACAGUGCAGUUCCUGGCAGAAAUUUUGUGGUGGUUCGUCCUUACACCGCCCAGGCCGAGGGAGAGAUCAACCUCUACAAGAGCGACAGGGUCAAAGUUCUGAGCAUUGGAGAGGGGGGUUUCUGGGAGGGCAGUGCCCGCGGCCAGGUGGGCUGGUUUCCAGCCGACUGUGUGGAGGAGAUCCCAGCCAAGGCCACCGAGGAGAGGAGCUAUUCCCGAGCGGACCGUGCUGACAGACGGAAGCUCUUCAGACACUACACUGUGGGCUCCUAUGACAGCUUUGAUGCCUCCAGUGACUGCGUGGUGGACGAGAAGACGGUGGUGCUCCAGAAAAAGGAGAAUGAGGGAUUUGGCUUCGUCCUGCGAGGAGCAAAAGCGGAUACACCCAUUGAGGAGUUUACUCCCACACCUGCCUUCCCCGCCCUGCAGUACCUGGAGUCUGUGGAUGAGGGAGGAGUGGCAUGGCAGGCGGGGCUCAGGACGGGGGACUUCCUCAUCGAGGUAAACCAGGAGAAUGUGGUGAAGGUGGGCCACAGACAGGUGGUCAACAUGAUCCGCCAGGGAGGGAACCGGCUCCUUAUCAAGGUGGUGACAGUGAGCCGGAAUCUGGACCCUGAUGAUACGGCACGCAAAAAAGCUCCUCCACCACCAAAGAGAGCCCCCACCACAGCCCUGUCCAUGCGCUCCAAGUCAAUGACAUCUGAACUGGAGGAACUCGACAAAGUUGAAGAGAUGACGCAUGCCCAGAAGACCUCACCUGUUGAUAUGAAGAUUGCCACAAUCAAACCUCGCCCAUCCAGUCGUUGUUUGGUGACAGCAGCUGAUAUGAACUCCAUGUACCAUGACCGCCAGGGAGUGGCAGUGGUGCCGCCCACUGUGCCAGGGGCCUUCCUGGGAAUACCUGAGAAGGGCACUAUGAAAAAGCAAAAGUCCAUAGGUACAACAGAGGAUGAGAAACAGGGAUUCCUCACACCUCCACUACUCAAGUUCUCCCGCAGCCUCUCUAUGCCCGACACCUCAGAGGACAUCCCUCCUCCCCCAGCCAUUUCACCUCCUUCACCACCUGACUACAACUCAGCUGCUGGCCCUACACCCAAGAGCUACGGCACCACACGACCCAGCUUCACCCAGAACUCACCCAAUGCGGUGAAGACCAUUAGCCGAACCACUGAUGUUGGUACGUUAAGGCGUGGCUAUUUCCGCCAGAGCUCAGAGCAGUUUGAGAGCACACGCACUCGAGGGCGCACACCAGUGCCAGAGAACCCUUACUCCGAGGUGGGCAAUAAGACACUGUAUGUGCCAGCCAAACCAGCUCGAAGAAAGGGCAUGCUAGUAAAGCAGUCCAACGUUGAGGACAGUCCAGAGAAAACGUGUCACAUGCCAGCAAGCCCCUCUGGCGCAGUUUCCAUGCCUACUACGCCUGUAGAACGGACAUGCUCCUCCAUCCCAAUCCCCACAAUCAUCGUUAAGGAGCCCUCCACCAGCAGCAGUGGUAAGAGCAGCCAGGGUAGCAGUAUGGAGAUUGAGCCCACCACCCCUGAACACCCACCUCUCACACCCACUGUUUGUGGGAGCGGAGGGUUGCGUCCUGAAGACCCUAUGUCUCUAAGCAACCCUUUUGCAGCAGCCAUUGCUGGUGCAGUGCGGGACCGGGAGAAGAGGCUAGAGGCAAAAAAGCACUCCAUUGCCUUCCAGUCAAUAGACAUGGGGGAUGAUGACUUUAGCAGUCCCACGCCAACCCCUCGCCUUCGCCAGUCAAAGUCCAUCGAUGAAGGCAUGUUCAGUAGCGAUGAGCGGCUUCGAAGGAUAUUGGGUCCUCCUGCAGCACAGCUUGGGCCCCCUGUUGGGGGCGGUAGUGGCAAUAUGACAGAUUUCAACACCCCUGAGCCCACGGUGGUGCGGGAACCUCUAAACACCAGGACGGGCCAGUGUCCCAACCUGGACAGUCCUGUUAGUCUCCCAUCCACCCCUCCUAAGAGCCACUAUAGGGCUAAUGGGACCUACCUCCAUCCUGUCACCGGCAAGCCCUUGGAUCCUAAUUCUCCACUUGCCCUGGCCCUGGCAGCUCGUGACCGAGCCAUGAAGGAGCAACAAAACCAUCCUCAGAAUCAGCCACCAAAUCCUCCUCAGGUUCAGCAAGCACCCAAGCAUGAAGCCCAGUCCCUUCCAAUUCAGCCAAGCCACAAACCAGACCUCAACCAACCGCUGUUCAUUGACACCAAACUGCGCUCUGGGAUUGAGACAAGUUUUGCUGCAAUCUCCACAGCAACCAUGGGGCGGCCUGGCCGAGGUGGCCUGCGGAGGCAGAUGACGGAGCAGAAGUAUGAGACUGAUGGGGCACGGGAAGAACGACAGCAUCAGGCAGUUGAGGAGAGGAAAAGCGCGCCGGCAGAUGUGGCAGAUGCAUCACAGCCCAAGUCAGCCGGGCUGUUGAUGGUCCACACCAGCAACGAAGCAAGUAACAAGGUCAACAAUCAAGAGGUCGAGGGGCAGGACAGCAACAGGCCAUCUGAGCUUAAGGACCCCAACCAACCUGAUCCUCUCAAUGCUACAACUCUGUCCGUCAAUCCCCAGCCACCUUCAUCACGGAGGAGGAGUAUUCCCUUAGGGGAGUCUCUGGAUGAACCCGUUAAGCUGCCCUUCCGCAUCCCCCCUCCCCCUCUGGCCUCAGUUGACAUUGAUGAGGAUUUUGACUUCUCAGAGCCCCUCCCCCCACCGCUGGAAUUUGCUAACAGUAUUGACAUUCCUGAUGAUCAGGCUAGUGCCAUUGCAGAGAUGCUUCAGCAACAGAGACGGAAUGGGGGACCACCUCUACCCCCCUACCAUGCUCAUGCCCCACCACCUGUCACUGAUCAACACAAACGGGUGGCAAACAGCAUGCCCCCCUCAUAUCCUCCUCCUCCACCUGACUCAGAGUCAGGGGUGGGUGACUCGGGCAUCGAAGAGGUAGACAGCCGCAGUAGCGGGGAUCCUCAGCACAUGGAGACCACCAGCACCGUUUCCAGCAUCUCCACCCUGUCAUCAGAGGGAGGCUUCUGUGACAGCGCUCUGGAGAGUCUUUAUGCCACCGCAGACGGGCAUGCCUUUCUGGUGGAUCGCCCCCCUGUGCCACCCAAACCCAAGGGCAAGUCUGUCAUCAACAGAACAUCACUUUAUCAUGACGCUCUCAUUGAAGAGCCCCCAGAGUCCUAUGGGUCACCACCUCAGGCCCCUCCCCCUCCCCCUUCAUCCUCUGAGCCUCCUAGGACUCCUACUCAAAGGACAUCCAAGCUGUGGGGUGAUCAGCCCCCUGAGCUGCGCAGCCCCCCAUCCACACCAGACUCCAAGAACACCGUUAUCACCGAGCUGAGCUCCAUUCUGCAGCAAAUGAAUCGCGACAGGCCAGCCAAGCCAGGAGAGAGCCUUGACUCCUCCACAGGGAACAGGGGGGGCUUCGGAACAAGGCCUCCCACAGACGACUCAGGAAUGCGUAACAACGCUGCAGUUGCUGCCCUUACCUCCACCCCUCCCAGCAGCCUCCCAUCCCAGACGAACCCCUGCAGCCCGCCAGACUCCGGCUCCUCCCUCACCCCCUGCUCCUCCCUGCCGCCCUCUGUGUCCCCCACCCUCACAGAUGUCUUCGGCCUGCCCACUCCGCCCAUGGGCAGUGGUGGCGGUUACAGCCUGAGUUCCUCGUGUGGCGGCAGUGGGAGCUCGCGCUCCCCAUCGCCACUCACACUGAUGCAGGCGGUGGCAGCCUCAGGCAAGCCCUUUGCCUCCAAACCCAUGGAGCUUUGGAGCAAGCACGAUGUGGCAGACUGGCUGGAGAGCCUCAACCUGGGCGAGCACAGGGACGCCUUCCUGGACAAUGAGAUCGAGGGCGCCCACCUUCCCUCGCUGCAAAAAGAGGACCUGAUAGACCUGGGCGUGACGAGGGUGGGCCAUCGCAUGAACAUCGAGAGGGCCCUCAAGCUGCUGCAGGACAGAUAAGCCCUGAGGAGAUGGGGUGGCAACAUUCGGAGUCAGGGCCGAGGAGAGGGAGGUGUUACCGAUCACUUUUACCAAUCUCUUCAUCAGACAUAAUCUCAAGUCGUUGAACUGGGUAGAAGUUUUGUCCAAGCUGAUGCUGCCUCUUGCUGUUUUUGUCCUCUCUCAUCCUCUGUCGCCCUCAUCUCAGUGCUCCGGUCUUGUCCGCCCUCUUCUUCCUUACCACUGCCCUGAGCAUCAGGGGAUCAUGGAAUGUCGGGCGGAAAUGCAGGGGGAGAGAGAAUAGCUGCUAUGUCACAUCAAGGAGAGCGAAAGCAGAGGAGGCCAGUAUGAAGGGGUGACCAGAAGUGAAAAAACUCUGGAAUAGUGUGUAUUCAAACACUGGAAAAAAUACUCUCCUGGAAGUUAUUUCACAUAAAGACUUGUGCUCACCCAACUGCUUUGGAAUACUAAAGACUUUUUCCAUACACCCUGGUGUGGGUGCAUGAAAAACCAGCUGAGCUGGUCGUUGCUCCUUUUCUAUCUUUGCUAGAGUUUGUUCAGAGAAUAAUAUUUCUUCACUAGAGUCCUACCGGAGUUAUAUUUCUGGGUGCAUCUAAGGUUGUAGAGAAAAAUUUGAGAUAGACUCCAUUUUUUUGCUUUUCACCUGUUUGUGUCAAAAUAAGAACAUUAGCUAACAUGUUUAAAUAAAUACUAAACCAUAUAUCAUGUCCAUGCACACACACACACACACACACACAUACACACACACACUUUAUGCACAGUGCCACACACUGACAAAUGAGGUGAAACACUCUUCACAGACAUACACACCCUAAGCAUGUAUACACACACUGUUACUGCGAUGGCCUUUUUCUCCUGAGAGAGCAAAGCGUGGAGAGACGUGGUCACCAGAGGAGGAGCUCUGCUGUAGCAGGGGCCCAGGGCCCCUCGCCAGUCUACACCUACCCGGUGUCCACCGCACCAUACAAGGGAAACCGAGGAGAGGACAUGAGGUACAAGAUGGACAGACAAAUGUUGGACUAAAAAAAUUCUCACCUUGAAAUGGCUUUUACCAGCUUGUCUGUCUGCAAAGGCCGUCCUUGUCCCUCUUGGCUUUUCCCUCUAGUUUGUAUGUAUGUGUGUGUGUGUGUGUGUGUGUGUGUGUGUGUGUGUGUGUGCGCGCGCGUGCGUGUCAGUGGUUGAUCCAAAAUGUCAUUAAGGUCAGUUAAGCUAUUUUUAUGGAUCUGCUAUAGGCCACAGUAUAGGGAAACUAGAGCUGUUCUUUACUUCUAUACUUUACUUUCUUCAUUCUGUCAAAUCUCCUUCCACUUCACUAUUAGCAGGUCAACACUUUGUGUUCAUAUGGCCCCACAGAAAAUGCUAAUGUAUAAACACCCUGUGAGUAUGUGGUAGAAGUUGAGGUUUAUUAGAGAGUGUCCCAAGGUUCAUGUUUAAAGGAAUAGUUUGAAAUUUUGGGAAAUACACUUAUUUGCUUUCUUGCUGUGAGUCAGAUGAGAAGCUCGAGCUGGGUGAAGAUAACCUAAAGGUCCAGAGACACUAAACCGACAUCAAAAAACCAGCGGCGACAACAGCUGACUGUUGUGUCGCCUCACGUCACCUGUGUCUUGACUGAGAAGUUGCACAUGAACACACUGCAAAGACUACAGCCGACAGCUAGCCAUUAUGUACGCUCUGCACCCACAUAAGAGGAAAUAACUCUCCACACCAGCAGACAGUGGUAGUCGAUAUUUAUCAUUCAAAAAGGGAAAUAGGAAGACCAUCUUGAUGCUUGUUAGCCAGUUACCAAAUUCACAACACAAUCCAAUGUUGAAAGAACAGAGCAUAUUUACUGUGCACCAGUGAACAAUAACAUAAAACAAUGGUUAAAGAAAAUGAUCUUACAAGUUUGUUUUGAUCUCACUUCCUCUUGACUUUAGCUCUUUAUUACUUUCCUCACUUCGUUUCUCUUCUCGUGUGCUGAGCUGAACUGCCAAUCAGAGUGAUUUCAUUCGUCAACAGGCUCCACAGUCACCAACGUCAAUUCAACUUGCUGAAUUGGUUAAAAAGAAAGCAGACAAAGGCUGACAAGUGUCAACAGUGCAAGACACACCACAAAGACUAGGACAACAGGUGCUUGGUAGCUUGCUAACAUAUUAAGCUAAACUGGUAAAUCAGCAUAUUAGCAUUGUUAUGUGGUCAUCCCCAUGUUCCCAGGUUCCUAUGCUCUUGAUAUAAACUAAGCAAUACACACACACACACACACACACACACACACAUUAUAUAUAUAUAUAAUGUAUAUAUGUGUAUACAUGUGUGUGUGUGUGUGUGUGUGUGUGUGUGUGUAUGUAUGUAUGUAUGUAUAUAAACAUUGUAAGAGAGUGGUACAGGCUGUCUUCACAGUUCCAAACUGCAAACAAAUGAAGGGAGGUGGACAUUUCAAAUGCAAUUUGACUGGUGAUCAUCAGUGCAGCUACUGUGGACAUAAAUGUCUAAAGUCAGGAAAAUUGUCUUGCGGGCAAAUUUGAAGGCAUAGGUUUCAAGGAGCAUAUCAUAAGUAGGUUUUAAGCUGUAAGUGAGUGGUUUCAGCAUAUGACAGAGAAAUAUGCAUUGCUGAGAAAAUAAAACUCUUUGAAAGGUCUUGUGACACAUUAAGAGGAUAUAAAGCUGGGGAACAUAGGACCCUGGGAACUUAGAUAUGCGUCCCAUUAUUAUUGUGAGCAUGUUAGCAUGCUGAUAUUUGCAUUUAGUUCAAAAUACAGCUGUGACUAGUAUAAAUUCAUAGAGCUGUUAGCAUGACUGUGGACUGAUGGGGCCCUAAAUAAAUUAUCUAUAGCACAUGGUUUAAAGCACUGGGUCCAACCUGGGAUCCUGACCCCAACAAGGGGUUGUGAAAGCUUCACAGAGGCUCACAAAGCCUUUGUGAUUUUAAGGGGUGUAAGAAAAGUUUUGUUAUAAAUAUACAGUUAGCCUAUAUCUCAGCAUCUCAUUCAAUUCUGUGAGGAAAACUAGAUUACAUUACGAUGAAAUCUAAUCUAAAUCCAAUCUAAAGUUUGUAUUAUUACUUUAGGUAUGAACUCAAAAAUAAAUCUCACAGGAUGCAUGGUGAAGAUCUGAACACAGCCUAUACUCACUGGGCCUUCACUCUCUGCUAAUCAGCCUUGUCCUGCAUCAGAAAAGUACACAAUUAAAACAACCAAAAAGCUAAUAAAACAAUGGCCAGGCGUCAGGGAGAGGAAAACACUAAAUUUGUCAAAAAAGAUGCCAAUUAAGUAUGUAUGAUGUUUAAUAAUAACAUUUUUUAAAAAAAUAACAUGUAAUACAGACAAAACUUUGUAUAAAAAGUUACGAAAAAUAUCACAAAAUACAGAAUAUCAAAACUAUUCUAUGAUUUAAUAUUCACAGGAAAAAAUGUUUUCAGAAUUACUCCAAAGCACACGUUUUACACAAACUUAUUGCAGUUAUUGCUUUUUGGGUUAAUUAUACAGUUUAUCAGUUGUACUAUUAUUGUAUGUAUUUAAUAAAUAUAUGAAAUAUCCAGAAAAUAUGUCACUUAGUCAUGGGUCUUUACUCAAUGAUUGACAAGUCAUCCCUGAAAGGAAAAGGUUUGGAACCACUUGUCUGAAGUGUAUGGCAAAAGUGCAUUUAAGGCAUGUCCAACCACCACUUUUGCCAGCUAAACAGCGCAAAAAUCUGGGCGCAAAUGAAGGCGCAAGGGGCAAAGGGGUUGUAUGUAGUUCCUUAAUUAAUCAUAGAUGUGUUUUGGGCUUAACAUGAAUUUAACCAAUCAGAGUGUCAUCUCCCAUUCACUUAAAAAGCAAGGUGUGCCUGCACCUGAUGCACUGGUGAAUAUGUGGCAGAUUCGACAAAUUGGAGCAGUAAGCAGUUUUCUGCUGAGAGUAAGAGCAGUAAUGUCACUGCAGCAAAUAUCAUUGCACAUUUAAGCAGCAAAACUAAAAACUGUAGUGAGGAACUUGACAGAGGCAACAGAACUUAACUUGUGUGUUAAUGUGCACAGCAUCUCUCUUAAUGGGGAGUCAGACAACAGCAUUUUACACAAUGUCAUUAAUACUUUACUCAAUGAUGUAUUCACCCACCCACAUUCCAUCCGUAUGUCCCUGUGCAUGUAACAAGCAGAGUGUAUGCACAUAGUCAACCUGCCUAUGUAGGUGCAUCUUAUAUCUGAAUAAUGUACCCUUUAGCAUGGAAAUACUACACCAUUCUAACUUGAGACCAAGUUUUUUUGGUGAAUGGCGCAGUUGUUUUCUGCUGCCUCAAAAUAGCAAUACACCAACAAUGCGCCAGACUACACCUUAUUUUAAGACCUACACACCCAUGGGCACAUAUAUUUGACAAACUAAGAAAUGAGCAGUUUUCUGCUUAAAGUAAUGCAGUAAGAGCAGUAAUGUCACUGUAGCAAAUAUCAUGGGACAUUAAAGCAGCAAAAUUAAAAACUGUAGUGAUAAACUUGACAGAGGUAACAAAACUAAACUUUUAGCAUCUGAAAUAAUCAAGCAAGUUACACUGCUCCUUGUGCCUAAAUGUGCACAGCACCUCUCUUAAUGGCAAGUUGGACAGCAGCUUUGCUCUGCUCUCUGCUGUGUUCACAUUUUAUACAAUAACAUUAAUAUUUUCCUUAUUAAUGAAGUAUUAUUUCACCUACCCACAUUCCAUUCGCAUGUCCCUGUGUGUGUAACAAACAGAGUGUAUGCAUAUUGUGAACCUACCUCUGUAGGUGCAUCCAUAUUGCACCUUAUUCAGAUAUCUGAAUAAUGUGCCCUUUAAAUAUCAAGAAAAUAUUGCACCAUUCUGACUUAAGACCAGGUAUUCGUUGGUCAAUGGCGCAAUCACUUUCUGCUGCCUCAAAAUAGCUAACCACCAAUAAUGCACCUACCCACACCCUUUUUUAUGACCUAAGCCCUCAUGGACAAACAGAUGGCUGCAAGUACAUUUGCUACUUAAACAACAUGGGAGCUGGCUGUGUAAAUGACAACUAGCGAUGAGAGUGACGCUGUGCUGUGCGCUGCAUUGCGCCGUAAGAUAGAGCCCUGGGUCUUUAGCUGGUUUACCUGUUUUCAAUCUUUAUGUUAAGCUAAGCUAAUUGUCUCCUGGCCCUAGCUCCAUAGUCACCUUAUCAUUUUGUCAUCAAACUCAGCAAGAAACUGAAGAAGCGUAUUUCCCAAAAUGUCAUUUGACAGCAUCUUAUUCACUUUAAAUCCAGUGUCAAAUCCUUUUGGAGGCUUUUUUAGCUUUCAACCAUUUGAAAUAACAUAAGUUAUAACUUAUAAUCUGAGGACUGAAACUCAUAGGUUGGCAUUUAAAGAGCUCCAAUUUUACUAGAAAAAUGAUGUGUUUUCUAUAUAGCUAACUGACUACCUGAACAUUUUGUACAUUACUCUUAAAGUGUGAGAAUUAAGACUCAAUAAGAGAUAAGCAUCAAGCUAAUCUCUUAUUGAGUCUUAAUAAGAGAUAAGCAUCAAGCUAAUUUGAGCUCAGCUUCAACCAGAUCGCACAUGAACCAUACAGCAUCUCAAACUGGAUCAGCUGUUCAGAGGAACACAGAGUUCUAGGAGGAACUACUGUUUCAGAUGGAAAAGGCCUUAGAAGAAUGUUUUCUUCUCAUGAAGAAGGCUGAAGACACAACACUGCAUUAACAAAGUUGUUGCAGACUGACACUGGCAGCCCCUACACAGAUUUUUCUUAGAAAUGUAUCAGUGGGUUCAUUCUUUGUAGAGCAACCUCAGCCAGAUGACAUGAAAUCCAGCUGAACUGUUGGCUUUUAGAGCAGAUGGAGAUUCUGUGGCUUCAGGGUUUUAUGUCGAAUUACGUGUUCACGUAAGUCCACAUGCCUUGUCCUGCCCUCUAACCACUGUGCAAAAAAUAACCAGAGAACAACCUGACAAAGCCGGCAGAUGUUCAUCAGUGUGAGCCCUGUGUGAGAUUAGAAAGGGAUAGAAACCAUUUCUGAUCUGUUGCAGAUGAACUUCAGUCUCUUUAACUACACUGGACGAUAAGCUUCUCCAAGUCCUAUAUUCUUAUCCAGUCUCACUGCAGCUUCAUCAGGAGAGACAACUGUUUUUAUAAGGGUCCAAUUUCAAAUCAGCAUUUAUAAAGCUGGAAAUGUGUGUGUGUUUGCUAGCAAUGAGUACAGGCUGGUCAGAAGUAGAAGUACAGUAUGUGUUGAAACGUGUAUAUAAGAGUGUUUAACCGGAUAAAAAUGUCUAUUUGAUUAUAUGUAUAACUCUAUUAAAAAGGUUUAGAGUUAAAAAAAAAAAAAAAAGAAAUUAUAUGAAGGUUGAUUUAUAGUUGCCAGAGCUGACCUGAUGACCACAGCAGUGGUCUCACUCGUCCCAUCAUCCUGCAGAGGAUGCCUUAAAUAGCUCACAGCUCCCUCACUCCACUGUACCUGCACCACUGUCGGUUGUAUAGCUCUGUAACGAAAAGGAGCUUCUGUUUUAUCUCAAAGUAGAUUCUUUCAGAGCACAUGCUCGACAGUAACCCAAUGUCUGAAAUAUAUAUCGUUUUAGAACACCCUUAUUUGGUUUCAUAUCACACUCCGCAGCUUCAUGUAGGUGCAGCUUUUGAGGAGACAAAUGAAACAUACACAAGCUCUGUGUUCUGUGAACAUUAGCCCUGUGGAGGCUGGCACGGGACAAUGCUGCUAUAAUCCUGUUCCUGUUUGAACAUGUAACUUAUUUUAAAGCAAACAGCGACGUGUCAGAGGGAGUAGAGAAAAGCACAGUAUUUUUAAAGAUUUGUAUAGAGUUAUAUGAAAUUUUAUAGAGGUUAUCUGAACAAAAGCUGUUUAACACUGACACGUGGAUUGCCAAAAACCGAAAUACUAUAUAGAUAAAAACGUGAAUAUUAUUAGACUUAUGGGUUAUGUAAGAAGCAAUAUUUAUUCUGAAUGAAUCUCCUUGGUUGUGUUUUAUUUUCCCAUUUUAAAGUUACAUAUCAUGACGCAACCUUUUGUCAGUGUUUUAAUGAAGUGUUGCCUAAAGUAGAUACACUCUCUACUGCUACAGUAGACUUCGGCCAGUCAACUGACCACAAAACCCAGGUAUCUUCUGACGACCACCAUCUGCCAGACCUCAUCUUCUGAAACCCCUCAGUCUAGAGUGUGUGUAAAAAAGAACAAAAUGUGUAAAUUAAAAAAAUAAAUAAAUA